UGUUUAAAGUGCUUCGAGAAAGGCUUUACAGACAAACGGAUUGAUGUUUUUCACAAUGCGGUAUAAAUUUUUGUAUAUUAUCUUGUUUUUAACAGUCUUUGUACUAAUACAUCAAUUAAUUGAGUCGAAGAAAGUGGUAAUACAUGUCCCUUAUCGGGUGAAGAAUGUGAAGCAUACACAUACGAUCUAUAAGAUAAUUGCACAUCAUGGAAAACACAAAAGUGAUGAAGAGUACUACGAUGAUUAUUGAAAAUGUGUAUUUUUAUAGAUUACAACAUGUACUAAUUCGUGCAUGAGU